AGCCCUUUUCAGUUUCCUUUGAAAUGUGUAUCAACUAGACAUCCUCAUCAGACGUCAUGGCAGAGAAAAGGCUUCCUGAUUUUGUUGGUCCUGGUCUUUCUGCAUUUCGGCAAAAACGCUUCAGAACAGGCAGUUCUGAAAUCUCGAAUGUCCACAGUGCAACUCAGUCUGCUUCGUCAGGUGUAGAAAGUGAUUCCUGCAUCGGUAAAUUGGGUAACAAUGAAAUGCAGGAAGAUAGUGACGACGAGGAUUCAUACACGGAGAAAACGGAGGACGAUGAAAACCAGGAAGAUAGUGAUGACGAUGAUGCUGAUCGUAGUCUCCUGUACUGUAUUCUGUUAUCCAAGGAUGGGAGUAUUGAUCUAAACAACGAUGACUGGUAUGAGAGACUUACAGACAUCAGAUCAACCUAUAAAAUGAAACACAGAUCAAGAGAGGAAGACAUUCUUGCCAUUCAAUCAAUGAUAGAAGGAUCUGAUCUUGUAACAGUGGAUCGGAACAUUGUAAAAUGUUAUGUGAAUUCCAUUGGUGAUAAGGAAGAUGACCGUUUUUAUAAUUGCCUGACAUUCAGCAAAGAUUAUGACAAAUUCUUGAAGGUGACCCCGACAGAAGUUUUGCGAGAAUGUCUUCUGUUUGAGACAAACAUACAGGAAAAAAUAAUGAGCAGUGUUGAAAUUUCUGAUAUUGUCUUGAAUUUCGGAUUGGACUUUGUUCGCUUUUUUAACACCGGUCUGAUAUAUAACGAAGAAUAUUACAAAGGUUUAGAUAUAUUAAAUCUUCCUUGUGCCGUGAAUCACAUGGUAAAUCUGUUUCGUGAUUUUGAUGUGUUCAGCGAGUUCAAGGAAUAUGUGGAGGAGAUAAUGAAACGUGAACAGAAAUCCUUAGAGUCAUUGAAUCUGAAUAGUCUCCUUGGCUCAUACCUUAUUGGACGAGAGACGGGCGAAGAGAAAGCAUUGGAUAACCUUACACUUUCUUAUACAAAAUGGAAUAUUCUAGUUUCUAUUCUGAUGUCAGAGACUUACAGUUUAUCCUUUAAAUCACCAUGGGAAGAAAUAUUAACAAACCUUCGAAGUGCUUUCCCUUUAUUAAAUUGCGAAUCAAGAAAUGUAGAAAGCGAUAUCGCUGAAUUGACUGAUAUUCAUAAAGUGCUGCAGAAGGAGAGAAACUCAGUCAGUUUCAUAUCAGAUGAUGUCCGCCAUCAGGUGAUGAGUUACUUCGUGAAGAAUUGUCUGAUAACUGACGAGGACUACGGGAAUUAUAUCAAGCUGUCAUCAGCGGACUCGUUGUUGGAUUAUGCACGACCGUGGUGGUAUGUGGAUGAUGUAAUUAACAUAUGCCACCAAAAAGUUUUGUUUCUGCCGAGGAGUUUAGACGAUUUAUUUAUCCAAAGACUUGGCUUAGACGCCCUACGUCAUGUCAUGGUGGAGUGUAAUGAGUUGUGUGAAGAUACAAUUGAAACAGCCAGAGAGGCAAUUCAAAGAAUUUGUGAGUAA